AUGGCACCACAACCGAUUGAUGAUGAUCAUGUUGUGUAUGAGCAUCAUGUGGCGGCCCUAGCCUUCCCUUUCUCCACCCAUGCCAGUCCCACCCUGGCCCUCGUCCGCCGCCUAGCCGCUGCCUCUCCCAACACUCUCUUCUCAUUCUUCAGCACUUCACAAUCCAACAACUCACUCUUUUCCAACGCUAUUACCAAUCUUCCACGUAACAUAAAGGUGUUUGAUGUGGCUGAUGGCGUCCCCGACGGCUAUGUGUUUGCGGGUAAGCCCCAGGAGGAUAUUGAGCUUUUCAUGAAGGCUGCCCCCCACAACUUUACAACCAGCUUAGACGCCUGCGUGGCUCACACCGGGAAGCACCUCACCUGCUUGAUUACCGACGCCUUCCUUUGGUUUGGGGCCCACUUGGCACACGACUUGGGAGUCCCUUGGCUCCCUCUUUGGCUCUCCGGACUUAAUUCCCUCUCCCUCCAUGUCCAUACUGACCUCCUCCGCCACACUAUCGGAACUCAAAGUAUUGCAGGUCGUGAAAACGAACUCAUCACCAAGAAUGUCAACAUCCCAGGAAUGUCCAAAGUACGAAUCAAAGAUUUGCCUGAAGGUGUCAUCUUUGGAAACUUGGACUCAGUCUUCUCACGCAUGCUGCAUCAAAUGGGCCAACUGCUACCCCGUGCCAACGCAGUUCUCGUAAACAGCUUUGAAGAACUGGAUAUUACCGUAACAAACGAUUUGAAAUCCAAAUUCAACAAGCUUCUCAAUGUCGGACCUUUCAACCUAGCUGCUGCUGCUGCUACCCCUCCACUGCCGGAAGCCCCAACAGCCGCAGAUGACGUUACUGGUUGCCUGUCCUGGCUUGACAAACAAAAGGCGGCAUCCUCCGUGGUGUAUGUUAGUUUUGGGUCAGUCGCAAGGCCACCGGAGAAGGAGCUUAUGGAGAUGGCACAAGCCUUGGAAGCCAGCGGGGUACCCUUCUUAUGGUCUCUCAAGGACAGUUUUAAGACACCUUUGCUAAAUGAGUUGCUAAUAAAAGCAAGUAAUGGGAUGGUGGUGCCCUGGGCUCCCCAGCCACUUGUCCUAGCCCAUGCUUCAGUCGGAGCCUUCGUAACGCACUGCGGUUGGAGCUCAUUGCUGGAGACUAUAGCAGGCGGGGUGCCAAUGAUUUGCAGGCCUUUCUUUGGCGACCAAAGGAUCAACGCAAGAAUGGUGGACGUGUUGGAGAUCGGUGUAACUGUUGAGGAUGGGGUUUUUACCAAGCACGGCAUGAUCAAAUAUUUCGAUCAAGUUUUGUCACAACAAAGAGGGAAGAAAAUGAGAGACAACAUAAGCACCGUCAAACUACUCGCACAACAGUCGGUUGAACCAAAAGGGAGCUCAGCUCAGAAUUUCAAAUUAUUGCUAGAUGGCAUAUCUGGAUCCACUAAAGUAUAA